AUGGAUACAAGCAAGAGCAGUGCCUCGUCCCCUCAUUUAAAAAGCUUCAGCUUUGAAAGGAGAAGAAGAGUCUUUAAACUACAGCUAGUGGCAGAACUAGUGGAGCAUAACUGCAGUCAGGACCACAAGGUGUUUGUCACUAUCCUGCUCGGAGACAGCAGGGUGGAAAUGUUCAAUCUCAACUGUAAGCUGAUCCACUUCAUCCAUCAUGUAAAGGAGAGGUGUGGUCUGGACUUCACAGAGUGUGUGGACCUGAUGGACAGCAGUGGUCGGGUGAUGAACCUGGAGGGGAGGCAGCACAGUGUGGCUCUGGCCAGCAGCGUGCUGCCAGAGAGACAAUACUACGUCCUCCUACGAGUAUGCCGAGAUGAUGAUACUGGAGGUCAGAGAUAUAUGUCUCUCCUAAACAACUUCAGCCAGAUUCAACCGGAGUUAACAGAGCUGCUGAGGAAACUGUCUGACCCCGACAAGGAGCGAGACAGAGAGAUCCCAGGACGGACACAGAGGAGCAGUCCUGCCAGCCAAACCAGUGGCAAAAACAUCUCUGCAAAUAACAAGAAACACAAACUUAAAUAGUUUCUGUACGAGUCAAGACUUUAAAGUCUGAUUUCUUUAGACAUUCAAAGCUGAAACAAAUCCAGAUGUAUUUACAUAUUAAUAGACAUAGCUAUAUUGUGCAUCUAUAAAAACAAUCUGUUAAAUGCAUCAGAUAGAGGAUUGUGUUCACUAUAGCUUCAACCACAUUUUGAAACAGCCACCUUCAAACUUCUUGGAAGUCUUCUGGGAAUAUGAAUAUUUGUGUUAUAAAUUACAUCUUUGAGUGUUACUGUA